AUGCGGGAUCGAAAAGCGGCGCAGAUUCAACUGCGCGGACUUGUUAGUUUUUGUUUGGUCUUUCUCGGAGAAGCGCAAGAUGAGUGGCCAAGCCUCCCCGCGAGCCAAGCCGUGCACCCGGUCACGGUCGGCAACACCUUUGUGAAGCAGUACUACCACCUCCUCACGGAGACGCCGCAGAACCUGCACCGGUUCUACAAGGACAUCAGCCGCUUCUCGCAUGCGACGGGGUCGCAAAUGGAGGAGCCCAUCUCGGGCCAAACCGCGAUCGGCGAGGCCAUUAUGGCCAAGAACUAUGUGGGCACGCGCGUUGACCUCGACAAUGGCUCGAUCGACUGCCACGCGAGCUUGAACGGCGGCGUCAUUGUCAUGGUCACGGGUAUCAUCAAGCUCAAGAACAGCGCGCCAACGCCGUUUGUGCAAACGUUCUUCUUGGCCGUGCAGCCCAACGGGUACUUUGUCCUGAACGACGUGCUUCGCUUCCUCGAGGUCGCCGCGCCCCGCAACAGCGUGCCCGUCUCGCCCGCGAAGAAGCUCGCGCCGGCCCCGUCGCCGUCCAAGGCGACCCAAACCGUCGUGGCGGCCAAGGAGCAGGCCACGAGCACCGCGACGCACACGCCGGUCAACACGCCGACCCACGCCACGAUCCUCAAGUCCCCGAAGGCGCAGCCUGUGGCUUCGCCGCCGCUGCCUGCGAAGACCGCGACGCCGGUGAAGGCGGCCCCGCUCUCCCCGAAGCCCGUGCCUGCCUCGCCUGUGGCCAAGCCCACGUCGCCUGUUGCCAAGCCUGCGACGCCUGUUGCCAAGCCCACGUCGCCUGUAAAGAAGGCUGAAGAAGUGAAGAGCCCGGAAUCGCCCAAGGCCGAGCGUCAGACGCCGGUCGUGUCGCCCAAGGGUCAGAAGAAGCAGCACACGCCCAAGAACAAGGCCCCCGUCGAGGAAGCUCCCGUGACGCCGUCGCCCAGCGAGCCCAAGAGCUGGGCGUCUCUCUUUGGCGCUUCGGCGGCGGUCAAGGCUGUGAGCUCCCCCGCGCCCGUCGUCGAGUCUCCUCGCAAGAAGCAGCCUGCCGCUUCGUGGACGGCGGACGAGCCUGCCACCGUUGCCGCGCCGACGUCCGCGCCGGCCGCUGGCAAGCCCCGCGUCUACAGCAUCUUUAUCAAGGACGUCCCGACGCAAGCGACGGAAGCCGAGGUGCGCGAGCUCUUCCGCGGCUUUGGUAAGAUCGUGACGGUUACCGUGACGAACCGUGGUAUUGCGUUCGUCGACUAUGCCGACGCCGAGAGCGUCAAGGCGGCGCUGGCGCACGGCGCCAAUUUCGUUCUCCACGACCAAGUGCUCUCGGUCGUCGAGCGCAGUGAGCGCAAGGACGGCGGCGGUCGCGGCGGUGGCCGGGAUGGCGGUCGUGGUCGCAGCAACGCCAGCGGUCGUGGCAAUGGUCGUGGCGGCAACGGCCCGCGGAAGUCGGACCAGCCCCGCGCCGCGGCGCCCAAGGACGCGAGAAAACCCGCGCCCAAGACCGGCGGUCGUGGUGGCCGUGGCCCUGCACAGACCAACUAGUAGAUGGAGUGAAGUUAAGUCGACACAAAUAGGAUACUAAAGUUAUGGGCGUACACACCUCGCCUCAAGCCCCA